AUGGCCGAGGGUAUCGACAGAAAUGCAGACGAGCGCAUGGAGUUCUCAACUUCGAAAGAAGUGACAGUCGCCCCAACCUUUGAGGACAUGCACCUCAAAGAAAACCUCCUCCGUGGAAUUUAUGCGUACGGCUAUGAAUCGCCCUCAGCAGUUCAGUCUCGAGCGAUCGUGCAGAUCUGCAAAGGAAGAGACACCAUUGCGCAGGCGCAGUCAGGCACAGGCAAAACCGCGACCUUUGCCAUCAGCAUUCUUCAAAUCAUCGAGACUUCCGUCCGUGAGACACAAGCUCUAGUCUUGUCCCCGACCCGCGAACUAGCGACGCAGAUCCAAAGCGUCAUUAUGGCCCUCGGAGACUACAUGAAUGUACAAUGUCACGCCUGUAUCGGCGGCACAAACGUGGGUGAAGACAUUAGAAAACUGGAUUAUGGACAACAUGUGGUGUCGGGUACGCCUGGGCGAGUGGCAGACAUGAUUCGAAGAAGGAAUCUCCGCACACGACACAUCAAGAUGCUGGUCCUGGACGAAGCAGAUGAAUUGCUCAAUCGCGGCUUCAGAGAACAGAUCUACGACGUCUACCGAUAUCUCCCUCCUGCCACGCAAGUUGUGGUCGUCUCUGCGACCCUUCCCUACGAUGUCUUAGACAUGACCACGAAAUUCAUGACCGAUCCCGUCCGCAUCCUGGUUAAACGUGAUGAGCUUACGCUCGAAGGCCUCAAGCAAUAUUUCAUUGCUGUGGAGAAAGAGGAAUGGAAAUUUGACACAUUGUGCGACCUCUACGACACGCUUACCAUCACACAGGCAGUGAUUUUCUGCAACACUCGUCGCAAGGUCGAUUGGCUUACCGACAAGAUGCGCGAGGCAAACUUUACAGUCAGCAGCAUGCACGGCGAGAUGCCACAAAAAGAACGUGACAGCAUCAUGUCCGACUUUAGACAGGGCAACAGUCGAGUCCUCAUCAGUACCGACGUUUGGGCUCGUGGGAUCGACGUCCAGCAAGUCAGUCUUGUCAUCAACUACGACCUGCCCAGCAAUCGUGAGAAUUACAUCCACAGAAUCGGACGUAGCGGGAGAUUCGGUCGCAAGGGCGUGGCGAUCAACUUCGUCACUAGUGAAGACGUCCGCAUUCUGCGGGAUAUCGAGCUUUACUAUUCCACGCAGAUUGAUGAGAUGCCCAUGAACGUUGCCGAUUUGUUGACUUAA